AUGCCGACUCUCACACCCCCCUCAGUCCCAGGGUUCAACCCGCCUCCUGGGUUUCCGACGUUACCUUCAUUUCCAUCGCUUGAGUCCGGACUUUGGCCGCCUUUUUCACUCCCAACAAGCGGCAUAUCGAUCAGUUCGAACCAAGCUCGAGGGCAGCACAGGGCGUCUUUGAAAACAAUCCUUAUUUCGGUGGGGGUUACUGUCGUGGCGAUACUAGGUUUCUUGGUGAUCCUGGGGGUAUAUUGCAAAAGACGCAAGCGACAACAUCUAGAGCAUGAUGAACAUAAAGCCCACCCCUUCACCGAAUCACCCUCAAUUACCCGGCAAUUAUCACAGCCUCCGGAUUCAUUUGAGGCUGCACAGAAGUAUAUUGAUGUGCUAGAAGACCGCAUAGAAAGAAUGCGACGCGAGGCAGCCUCAGAGAUGACUACUGCAGAAUCGCUAGUCGGCCCAACUAUGAUUUUACAAAGGCCUGCUGUUGGAGAGCCAGAAAGGGUUGCGCCUCCCCCCCAGUACGAGCCGAUUUAG